UCCCGUCCUCUCCGGUCCUGCGCUCCUGCCGGCCGAGAGGAACCGGAGCGGAACCGGAGCGGCGCUGUGUGGCGCGGCUCUUGCGCUUUUCCUCGCUCUCCUUGCAGUCUGUUGCCUAUAAAAGCGCUCCGCCAGACCGGGUCCUUAAAAAGCAGGAGGAGCCGCUGCGAAUAGAUAGGGCGGCACUCAGUGCGCGCGCAAGCAAACGACAGGUGCGCCAUACAGCCAGCAGGUCGAUGGCAGACAGUCCGCUCUCAGGGUCCAGUCCGGCCGGGCUCCCCUGGUAUGUGGCCGGCUCUCAGGUCCUGGGCCUUGCCUGCGUGGUCAUCACUGGCGUGUGGAUGGGACGCUACCGGGGUGGCUUCGCCUGGGACGGCUCCAGUCACGAGUUCAACGUUCACCCGCUCUGCAUGGUCCUGGCGCUGGUCUUCCUUUACGGAGAUGCGAUCAUGGUCUACCGGGUGUUUCGUAACGAAAGCAAGCGCAGCGUGAAGAUUUUACACGCCGUCAUCCACCUCAUUGCCCUCGUCAUUGCUGUGGUGGGUUUUGUAGCAGUUUUUGACUUCCAUCGCAGUGCCAAGAUCCCCAACAUGUACUCCCUGCACAGCUGGUGUGGCAUGGUGACGUUCAUCCUCUUCUCUUUGCAGUGGCUGAUGGGUCUGAGCUUCUUCCUGUUUAGCAGAGCCUCUGCUCAGCUUCGCAGCUGGUACCUCUCUCUGCACGUCUUCUUUGGCCUGACUCUACUCGCUCUGUCCAUCGCCACCUGCUUGCUGGGAAUCGCAGAGAGUGCGAUCUUCAACAUCAUGCCCGAGUAUGUCAGGUUUGCUCCAGAAGGAGUGCUGGCUAACACUCUGGGGCUGCUGCUGGUGGGGUUUGGGGUCGUUGUGGGUUAUGUUGUGACACGGGACGAUUUCCGGCGACCCCAGCACCCCGAGGAGGAAGCCUUGUCCAUGCACUUCAAAACCCUGACGGAGGGCGGAAGUCCCAAUUCCCCCUAACUUCUCUUCCUUGUAACUCUUUGGUCUGCCAAAACUGAAUGGAGAUCAGUGAAAGAAGAGUAUAGCUUUAGGUAACGUAUAUACCCUGAACAGAUGGAUCUCUAAUUUCAGCCCUGCAGACUUAAAGGUGUCUUCAGUUCUGUUACGUGCCUAUUAAGACAGUGAGUCUAAGUUGGAUGUCCUUAUUUAUGUAGUUUUCAUACAUCCAUGCCUCUAUGCGACUGGCUUGGUGUCAAAAUGCAUGAUUGUGAUGUUGCUUUCAAAUAAAAUGUCUCGUUUUGUGAAAAUCAUACCGUAAGUUUUACGAGUGUGAGUUUAAAGUGGCAAAA